AAUAUCAUUAAGCAUCAUUUGAUUCGGAUUUAAACUUUCUGAGUUAUAAUCUGGAAACCAAAUUUUUCUGAAAUUUUCAUUUUAUUUUCGGUCACUGUGACCUUGACCUGUGACCAUUUGUCUCCAAAAUUGAUAGGGGUCUUCCUUACCUGGUACCCAACAACAUAUCAGAGUUUCAUUUCAUUAGAUCGUAAACUUUUCGAGUUAUCAUCCGGAAACCAAUUGUUGACACCCAACCACCCACCCGCAUCACCAAACCAAUAAAAAUCUUGUUGGGCAGUGUUUCUAAUUAUAGAUGUUUUGGUCAGUAGGAAAGAUAGAAUUGACCAAUGAGAUAAGAGUAAACAGGGGCAUUGAUGCCUAGAGGGGGAGUCUGUAAUUGUUUCAUUUCAUACCCAAGACGCUUGUGUUGGCAGCUACUUCUUUCUACGAAUUCUAUUAGGCCUAUUUACCAAUUUAUUUCUACGUGAAACUUUACAAUGUGAUGCAUAGUGAUUUUUUAUAAGACUUGUGAAACUCACGUGGCACAAUUUCGAUUGGAAUCGUGUGUAUUUUUGUGUUAUCCUAACUUGUAACUGUGAUAGCCUGAACUUAGUGAUGCCAUGGGGCUUAAACGCUCAAGAUCUGCGCCAUACAGCUAUAAUCCCGAUUUACCGGAGAACUGGAUUUCAGCACAGUUAAAAGAAUCUUUAAAAUCUCGCACGAUAUCUUUUCCUGCCAAUGCGCGUAGAUCCGUGUUAAUUCAUUUGCAUACAGACAAUAUUGCAAGUGCGUGAUCCCACAAUGCAACGAACAACCUUCAUAAUGACGAGACCUUCCGAGAUCCCAUAAUGCAACAGACCAAAACAGUAAUGGCGACGAUCGUCAAAAUAACGUGCUGAUUGACAUUGUUUCCAAGUUAACGUCAACUGUACAGUCUUUACAACAGAAUGUCAUUAAUUUGACUUCUCGAGUCAAUUCACUGACACCAGGAGCAGUUUCUCAGUCAGUUUCGCAUGCAGUCGUAAACAACACACAAGGUCAGGAGAGAUUGUGCACAGCUGGCACCAGUUCAGUAGCAACGGACAAUUACACGUUAGACACAACGUUUGCCCAUAUAUCUUCUGCAGCGACUGGAUCUGCCAACCAAAUCCCUGAAUUUAAGCGGACAAAAUACGGGUUCUCCGCAGAGUCCUUGCCUUUGGUGGAGACGAUUUCACCCCAACUGCAGCAACAAAUCACCUCAGGUAAGGAUGUCAAUCUAGCAUCAUUGCUCAUACCUUAUUACAUUCCCCCAGACGAGAAGGAUGAAAAUAAGAAAUCAGACAAGAGGCUUUUGCGUUCCCUUACCAUCGGAGAAUUUAUCCAGGCUUUUGGAAUAUAUAAGAACAUCAUGGGACAAGCUUACCCCCAGAGAAGACAACUAGAUUUGUACGAAAGAUAUAUCGUCGAUAUGGCUACCAGAUAUCCAGGAAAGGGGUUUUAUGAGUAGCAUAGGCAAUUCAGCCUCAUGGCAGCUUCACAUCUUAAGUACAACAAUAUUUUGAUUGACUGGUCUGUACGCAACAACAAUCUUUUUUGUAACUUGUUUGCAAACACAAGAGCUCAAACCUGUGCCACAUGCAACGGUACUUUGGAUCUAUCUGGGUUUGGUCCAUUAUAUGGGUCUGUUGGAGAAAAUUGAAAUGACGACCUUGACUCUUAUGGAAGGAAAAGGCAGUUUCGUGACAAGCUAUUAACUCUUGUAGUGGCCAGUCCCCUAUAAAGCGGCGACCCAGUUUUCUUGCUCUGUAUGCCGGUCGUCAAUAUAGUGUGGACCGCCAUAACUUUCCGUUCACUAUAUUGACUCUUGACAUGUGAUGUUUUCUACCAGAUUUUAACCAAUGAAAUAGCUAGAUUUCCUUUACUUUGUUGCUAAUAUAUAAAAAUAGAAGGUUAUUCCAAUGUUUCUACAAACUGAUUCGCUUAUUUGGGGAAAUACUAUUAUUCAUAGAAAAUGAAACUUGAUCUUCGACUUUUGUUAGUGUAAAAUCAAGAUGGACGCCAUUGACGAUGUGCUUGAAGGAAAUGCCAUUUUAGAAUGCAUAGACCCUGAAAACAGAUAUUUUCAGAGAAAUACAAUGUAUUUCUAAAUAAAGACAGUCUCUGAUGAUGAGUUUUUAGGAUUUCAUGUCGAAGACUUGGAAAAUGAAGGAGCAAUGCCGUUUGUUGACACAUGGAUGCAGGGAAAUUUAGACGUCAGGGCGCCGGAGUUUCAGGGCGAAAAGAAAAUCAAUGUGGACAUGCCAAACAACUAAAAUGUUGGAUUUUUUAAAAUUUCAUUUCUGAUAAAUUCAUAAACAAUGUCCUUGUGUAGGAAACAAAUAAAUAUGCAGUGGAUUUCUUUAACUCACCCCAGGGAAGGAACCUGAAACCUCACUCGCAUUUCAACAAAUGGCAAAAUGCUGACACUGACGAUAUGAAGAAGUUCAUUGUUUUAAUUCUUGGCAUAUGCAGGAACUUGUUCAACACCAAGCCUUGCAGUACUGGAGCAUAUAUAUUGCUUUCAACCGCAUUUUUUGGGAAAGUUAUGCCAAGAAACAAAUUCCAUCUCAAUGACAAUAACAAUCAAAUUGCUAGGACAGGGUGGAUAUGAUCUAAGAACCUGGAGUUAAUGCCUCUUUAGUUAAGCCACCUGUCACUGACAAGGUCUUUCAACCUUUGCAUGGGCCACCAAUUAUUUGCUGAGGUCAUUCAGCCUUGUGCUGAGCCAACAGUGGCUCCCCAGAUCUCCCAGCCUUCUACAACAUCAUCAGUGACUCCCCAAGUCCCUCAGCCAUCUGCUGGGCCACCAAUCACUACUGAGAGCAUUCAGCCUUGUGCUGAGCAUCCAGUGGCUCCCCAGAUCUCUCAGCCUUCUGCUGAGUCACCAGUAGCUGACAAGGUCACUCAGGCUACUUUUGGGUCACCAGUGGCUCCCCACAUUUCUUUAGCCUCAGCAAGGUCAUCAGUGGCUCCCCAAGUCCCUCAGUUAUUCACUGGCCCACCAGCCACUGAUCAAGCUGUUCUGCCUUCUGCAAUGUCAUCACUGACUCUCCAUGUUCCUCAGCCUUCUAAGUUACCUGUCACCACCCAGGUACUUCAGCCCUUUUCAGGACCUGGGGUUAGUACCUCUUUAGUUGAGCCUGUUAUGCAUCUGCCCAUGCAUGAAGAUUCUGUAUAUUUAUUAACAACCUUAAAUACUGCUAUAUCAUUUGAAAACUCACAGCAUGAAGAUUUCCCACGAUAUUCUUCUUCAUCCCCAGUAGAGCAAGAAAGCAUGCUGAAUUUAUUAUAUGAACAGACUAAUAAUGGGGCAGCUCAUAAUGCUUGUGUCAACACCAGUGAAAGUUGCAGUCUUUGCUUUUGCAAAGACCUUGAAAUAAGGGACCUGAAAUUCAAAAUUAGAUUUCUAGAACAGGAAAUUUCACAAUUAAGAGAUGGAAAUCAGGGUAAUUUGUACUUGCAAGUCUUACUUAAAUAUUAUAAUUUGUAUCUUGAUAGGUGAGCCAAAGUAGAUGCUUUUUUUUCUUUAAGUUAUUAUGGGAGUAAUUUUGUCUACAAUAACAUGAAGCAAGAACCCUCAAUUUUUGUUAAAAUAAAUAGAAAUUUAAAAUACAUUUUGCAUCUAAUUUUUCCCCCCUUCUUUUUUUUUUUUUUUUUUUUUUUUGAUGUAGAAUUGUCUGAUAGUGGAAGUCAACAAUCAUCAACAAAAAGUGUCAAAAAGCAUAAACCUAAAACCAGGCCAAGCAUUGAGUUGGCAGAUUAUGUAAGUACAUAUUAAUGAAAUCAGUACUUUACAGGAGCAUGUUUUUAUAGAAGAUGUUUUCAAUUAAGAGUUCUAGAUUAUUGUGUUAGAUUCGAGCACAUCUAUCAUUGGUUAACACUGUUACAUCUUUUAAUUUAUUAUUUAUUUAUUUUUAUUUACAGUAUGAACUAAAGAAUGAUGAAAGCCCAAAAGAGGGCUAUUCUGUUUUGGCACCAGGUGCAAGUAUAGCGGUCUCAUCCCUAUGGUUGCACUCCAUCCUUUCAUCACUCUCAAAAAAAAAAAAAAAAAAAAAAAGAAGUCAACAGGUUUUGAAAUAAUUAAAAGAUUAAUGGAUGGUUUUUAUGAACCAUGGGAUCUUGCCGUGAAGGGUGGCAUUACCCCCUUCAAGGACUCUCCCGUUCAUAAAUCCUUGAAAUGUAAGUAUUGCCGCAGUCUUUAUGUUUUCGAAAUAUACCUCUUUACUUAAGGUGUAGUUUAAUAAUCAUGAUAACCCAGGGUUUACAAUAAAUUUGAAGUGAAUGGGUAAAUUUAUGCAUUGAAGAGACUUAACUAUUUCCAAAAGUUUAUUUUGCUUGUCAUGAAAUUUUAAACAACAAAUUCAAGUCAUUAAAACCUUUAAAAAAGCACCUCCUACCUCCCCUUAUUGAAAACCAUUAGUAACCAAAUGAUAUUGCAUGUAUCUUGUGUGUAUACAUGUAUUUUUAAUGCACUUCAGAGAAUUAUUGCCUAUAGAUAUGCAUUUGAUUCAUGCCAAACUAAAUGCAACCUAAAAUAUUUUCAUAGGAAUUUCAUUUGUUUAAAGAGUCAAAUUUAUCAUACUUAUAUUUUGCCUUUUGUAUGCUAUGCAGAGCAUAAACUCAACAUGGAUUUACCAACCUUCAAUCGUGCGUGGAUGGAGAAGAUGUCUGCGUCAAGGUUGACAAUGAAACGACUCCAAAAGGACAACACCAGUACAUCCUCUCCAUCACACCAGUAAUUAAUUAGUUUUCUCUGCACUGAUUGUAAAUUUCAAACUAUUAUAGGCGUGCAGUUCCAUUGUUAUCUUAGAUAUAUUUCAUAUAGCUCAACUUGAUUCUACUUGUAAUAAUUUUUUCUUUUCUUUUGAGUUGCAUCUAUUACUUAACUCAGAUUGAUCGAGCUAUUAUAUUAACAUUCAACCUGUGGUUUUGCACUUUAUUGACAUUGAAUAAUUCCCUAAAUAUACUCAGGAGAAUCAAUUUAACAUAAAAUAUUUGAAGAGAAAAAUUACCUAUCAACAAAGUAAAUAUGCAAGUUUUUUCUUUGGUUUGUUUGUUUUUUAGGAAACUUAAUGUAUUAAGAUUAUGGUUAGAUUAUACAUAUAGAUUUUGUGUAUAGUUUUACAACCCUUGCAAGAUUAUUUCACUCAUGAGACUUCACUGUAUGCUGAUUAAGAACUUCAAAUUUAGACAUAUACAGUACACGACACGAGUUUUAUGCGUGUUCCACUCAACGCGGUGGAACAAAUUUGCCCCAAACACAGUGGACCUUAAAAAUUGUUGGCACCUUUGAAGUCCUAUUUUUUCCGCGAGAGCUAGACAUUGAAGUCCACGGAGGAUCUCCGUGGAUGCCACCGCGCAUCUCCGUGAAUGUCACCUGUAACUCCGUCGAUGCCACCGUGUACCUCCGUGUGAUAAAACAAAGAAAUAAUUUCCGAAAUGAUUCACCCAAAAAACUGUUCGCUUAGCCAGCAUGCAUGCCCCCACCCCAUUCAUUAUUUAGAAAUUAGCUAUCAAUCAUUCAAUUGUUGUAAUUGUUGUUCAAUGAUACGUUGGUGUUUUCGGUACAUAUAUAUCCGUAUGUAGACUUCCCUGCAGACGUUCACACCUUUUUAUGAAACGCCCAAAUUCUCGACAUCCUGUAUGUAAACACCUCUGUUAUUUCCACCACUCGUCGAUACAUUGUUUCAUGGCACGUGCAGCACAAUUUCACGAAAUAAAAGAAGGGUCAUGAACAACGACAAUCACAUGUCAGUAAUUUCAAUUUGAUAAAUAGCAGUGCAAAGAAAUGUGUACCAUAAGCAAUGGUUUAAUUUUAACAUAAGGUUUUCAGUGUAAUUAGGAAUAGGUGAUUAAUGUCAGCUAUAUACAUGUACAUGUUUACAUUGGAAAUGAAUUUCAUUAUGUAUUCAACAGUGAAGCAAUGUGAGCAAAGAAUGAAAUUUUUAUCACCUAAACAAAUGAUUUGAUUUGAACAUAUUUUAUUGUAUAUACUAUAUACAAAAGGAUUAGAAACAAGUUCUUGCAACUUACGACAAAUAUCUUUCCUUUUAAACAAACCUUUAGAAAACUCCAUACUUUCAUUAAGAAAAUAAUAAAAUAAAAUGUGGUCCCCUACCUAGAAUGCCCAUACUUCACAUUAAUAAUAACACGUUUUUUCCCCUAAGGCCAGCAUUUUUUUAUUUUUAGGUUUACAAACCCGCCGCUCGCUUUUUCGAAUUUUCAGAAAAAAAAUAAAAUUGAGAAAAUUGGGAUUUUUUUUCUUUCCGAUGUCAAAUUUGUAUCGGGAUCGAGAUUUUGAAUUUACGAACUCGUAUUUCCGGUUGAUGAAAACAUGGCGCUUUGAUGGAGAAAACGUGUAUGGCCUGGUUUAGUAUUAAAUAUAUCGACGGGAGUGCCGUUCGGAAAGUUUUCGCUCGAUCGGAGGACACCCAACUUGCUGGGGAAUUUGUUGUUCAGGGGUAUGUUGGUGAGAUGAGGCAUUUGGUGAAAAUUGAGGGUUUUAAGACUGACCCAGAUGAAGCAAAUUCAAGGCAGAGUGAAAAUGCGAUGCAAAUACCGAACGACAUGCCAAUGCAUACUGUCGCUGCAUUUGGGGUGCGAUACUUAGUGGUAUACUAUGAAAACAACGCCAAGGCAGUUCCCGAACCAACUAAACGAAAUGCUUUUGAUGUGCUCCAUGAUGUAAACAGAGUUUAUGACUGGCUGCCCCCACCCAAAAGGACACCAUCAAACAAUAAGGACAAGCUCUAUAAUGAUGUUCUUCAGAAAUGUAUGGAUACCUUUCAAGUUGGUUUUCGUAGACAACAGCAGGAUAUUGGAUCAAAGAUCAUCAACACUCUAGUGGAAACUCUUUGGUUUAUUGACCCUUUUCUUGACAAAAUGAAGGAAAGAUCCUGCAAGAUCCCAGACGAGCUCUACUUUUGUGGAUACAGAGAUUUGAAAAAGUGUCAUAAAAAAUAUGUUGGUGUACAGAUGAAAGAGCCAGAACUUAAGGCCAGUCUAGAUGCCUUAGCAGAGGUACUGAUGUAUCCAUGGUGGACGAAUCCUCGCUUUCAAGUAUUUUACAAAUGUGUGAAUGGUCUGUACAAGGCAUUGGAGAAAUACCAUAAAUUUCUAGCAAAUCAGCAGGAGCGUACCAACCAAAACCAUGCAUCCCCUACACCUGUUAGAUCUCUCAACGACAAUUGGUCCUUAAAGUCUAUAGAGGGUAAUCCAGGUCAGUCUGUACCAACUGACUGUAAAUCCCUUAUUUCAAAACUUGAAACCUUGGAUACUUACGAAGCAGUCCCAUUAGACAAUUUUGAACCUAGUGAGGUGAGUGAUAGGCGCAAAUGGAGAAUGAAGAUAGAGAGCGUGUUACCAUUUCCAGUAUCAUUGUUUUCAAUCAGUUUUGGGAACUACAUUGGCAAUUCACUUUUUUUAUGGAAAAUACCAUGUGCAAAUGAAAGAAGUGCUGAAAAAGAACUUGAAGUAGUGACUCACAUUAAGGACAAAAUGCCUGUGUUUUCUACCAGAGCAAUAAGGAAAGAGUUUUUUGAAAGAUAUCCGAAUCUGAAACCAUAUGAACUGAGAAAUAUGUUCUUCAAGCUUACAAAUUUUGAAUACUGUGCAGAGAAUCAAACCACUGCAGCUGUUGAUGAACGAUUCUUGAAGUUUAUUUUAUCUAGUGAUGAUGAAGACUUAAUAGUGGACCUUAGGAAAAACAAUGGCCGUCCUUGUGACCCGAAGCUACAACCAUUUUGGGAUGAACUUGCCAAGUUACUGGAGGAGGUUUCAACAGUGGAUGAUCGCCGCCAGCAUUCAACAUCCUAUCUUCCAUUUGCAAUUUCUAUUGAUGAUUUACGAGAACAAGUGAAAGCAAGACUUCCUCCAGGUGAUCCGACUCCUUCAAAUUCCUGGAUCAGACUGAAUUUCAUGCCAUCUAACCCAAUGGCUAAAACGGCAGCAAACUACACCGGCAGAUUCAAUGUUAAAUAUGCUGUACAGCAACGAUUGCUGCGUGCACAACAUGAUGAUGCAUCCUUUGCCUUACAUCAGUUCUACAUGUUGAAAGACAUGGCCGUCCAGUACAGGGAAUUUGCUCACAUGCAGUGUCUUGAUGAUAAAGCAAUCGUACCCAUAGGUGAACCAUACCGACCUGUUUCCACUGGUGUUAGGGCACAUCAUCAAGGACUGACAAUUAGCAAUAGCAAAGGCCUACUUUGUCUCGAUCACGAUUACAGCAUUGCUGGGAUGGUACCUUGAGUGUGCUUUCAAGUGUCUAUUCCUGAAAAUUCCAGAGAUUCAUUUCAUUCAGGAACCUUACAUAUUACACUGAAAGACAAGGUAUUCCAGAGCUCCACUCCAUUUAGGCAUGGUAUGGAAACCAUCAACAUUUUGCGGGAGUUUCAUAGUCAUGAUGAUGUGAAUUUGGAUAAGCCAAUACUCUUCCGUUAUACAGAUGGUGGUCCUGACCACAGGACAACAUUUCGCUCUGUUCAAGUUGCUGCUUUGCUGGAAUUUAUAAGUUUGGAUUUAGACUUGCUAGUCUGUGUUAGAACAGCCCCAAACCAAAGCUAUAAUAAUCCUGCAGAGAGGAUGAUGUCAAUUUUGAAUAUUGCAUUGCAGAAUACCGCCCUUUGUCGUACAGCCAUGUCUGAGGGAAGAGAGCUACAAGCAAAGCGAUUGACAUCACUUGCUUCCAUACGAAGAUAUGCUGAGAAAAAUCCAGAUUUCAAAACUGACUAUAUAGAUUCUAUUCAGGAGCCUAUCACUAUUAUUUCUGAACGAUUUCAGAAACUUAAACUAAAAGGAAAACCUGCUCAUGUGCACAGUGCAGCAACAGAUGGAGAAAUCAAAGAUCUGCUUGAAAUUAUUCAUGUGCUCGAUCAAGACUACAAAACAGAAGAUAUUUCAAACUUUGAAAAAUCUAGGAUGGUUCAUGCAUUCAUGAAGUCACAUGCAAGGUUUCGCCAGUAUUCCUUUCAGCCAAAGUUCGCAACUAUGUUGUCUGCCAUGACUGUGGAAAAAGACGGGUUGUGUAUUCUGCUGCAAAACUAACUAGGGAGCAAGAAACCGCAGUCACUCGUGUGAAGGAAGAGCUGCUUUACUCAUGUGGUAACCCUCUUUUCCCUGGUGGUGCUUACCAAGAUAUUAUCAUCGUUAAGGAGGGGAUGAAUUGUCAGAGCCCCAUGGAGACCACAUACUAUUCUGGAACUGCCCAGGUGUUUGAGUCUGUGUGUUUUCAUUGUGGCAAAGACGAAGAUUUGGCUGAUAACGAUGAAAUAAACAAUUUAAGGUCGAACUAUCUUGUUCGUCCCAUUUGUAACCACUGUGUAGCCAGUGGAAAGGAGCCGGUUACACGAGCAUCAAAGAAACAGCGAAAAUAAAUGUACAUUACAGAAUAAAGUCGAUAAUGAAUCAAAA